AUGCUGUGGGUUCUGGGCGUUGUCAUGGCGACGGCGGCGGUCACCAGGGGAGACGGAGCGCGGGUGGUGAGCGGUCAGACCGUGUGCUCCGGCGGUCCCGAGCAGCCUUGCUAUAAAAUCGCGUAUUUCCACGACAUGUCGAGCCGCGUGGCGUUCCAGGAGGCGCGGCAGGCCUGCGAGAUGGACCGAGGCUCGCUGCUCAGCAUCGAGAGUCCAGAGGAGCAGAGACACAUAGAGAACCUGCUGCAGGAGCUGCGUUCAGGAGCAGUGGGAGGUGCAGGAGGAGGAGGAGGGAUAGCAGACGGUGAUUUCUGGAUCGGUCUGACUCGAGCAGACGGAGCCGAUCAGAAUCUUCCCGAACUCGGCAGCAGCUUCACUUCCUGUCCACAACUUUACCACUGGACCGAUGGAAGCCCGGCGGCCUUCAGGAACUGGUACUUUGACGAGCCGUCCUGCGGAGGCGAGGCCUGCGUCGUGAUGUAUCACCAGCCGACUGCACUUCCUGGUCUGGGCGGGGCUUAUCUCCACCAAUGGAACGACGACCGCUGCAACAUGAAGCACAACUUCAUCUGCAAAUACAAACCAGGUACCAGCCAAUCAGCUUCUCUCACCAGGUACCAUCAGCCAAUCAGCUUCUCUCACCAGGUACCAUCAGCCAAUCAGCUUCUCUCACCAGAGAACCAAUCAGUGACGGCGGAGGGCAACACACCUGCAGGGCCGGGAACAGAAGCCAAAACUGAGGCUGAGCUGGUUCCUCCUCAGGUCGUCAUGGCCGGAGCUUCAGGCAUGCUGCUGGUUUACGUCAUCAUUCCCACGAUCCCGCUGCUGCUGCUCAUCCUGGUGGCUUCUGGGACAUGUUGUUUCCAGAUGAUCAGCAGAAGACGUACGUCUCAUCUCUGACGAUGAUGUCAUCACCUCCCG